AUGUCCAAGUUCGGAGUCCUCGUGAUGGGCCCUGCUGGUGCCGGCAAGACCACCUUCUGCAAUGCCAUCAUCCAACACCUCCAAAACUCUCGCCGCAGUUGUUUCUACGUCAACCUCGACCCCGCCGCCGAAUCAUUCCAGUACGAUCCGGACCUCGACAUCCGCGAACUCAUCACCCUCGAAGAUGUAAUGGAAGAACUUGAGUUGGGCCCCAACGGCGGCCUUAUAUACUGUUUUGAGUUUCUGAUGCAGAACCUGGAUUUCCUGACCGAAGCGCUGGAUCCGUUGAGUGAGGAAUAUUUGAUCAUCUUUGACAUGCCCGGCCAGAUCGAGCUGUAUACGCACAUCCCGCUUCUGCCGACACUCACCAACUUCCUCAGCCGCCAAGGUCCCCUGAAUAUAUCGUUAUGUGCCGCGUAUCUGCUUGAGAGUACCUUUGUCAUUGACAAGGCCAAGUUUUUCGCAGGCACAUUGAGCGCAAUGUCUGCUAUGAUCCUGUUGGAAAUGCCCCACAUCAACAUAUUGAGCAAGAUGGAUCAAAUCAAAGACAUGGUUGGGCGCCGGAGAUUAAAACGAUUCAUCAAUGUCGAUGUACAACUGUUAGAUGAAGACGAUAAUACAGAUGAGAAACAACCGAAAUCGAUAACACAAGACGAUGACGAUAUGGAAGAACAUGAACAAGAUAUGGAUCUGCGAGUUGACCCAUCCUCAAAAGACGAAUUGAUGAGCGGCGGUUCUUUUCAUCGUCUGAAUAAAGCAGUCGGUCAACUGAUUGAUGAUUUCAGCAUGGUCUCGUUCCUACAGUUGGAUGCCUCGGACGAAGAUAGCGUAGGUGCGAUUUUGAGUUAUAUCGAUGAUGCGAUUCAAUACAACGAAGCACAAGAGCCACGGGAACCGCGUGAUGCACAAGAGGUGGAUUAUGAGGAUGCCGAAGUUUGA